AUGGCUACUUUCAACUCAAGAAAGGGACUAAUCUUAUGCUCAAAAGACAUAGUUGAUGCAGCUUCAUGGUAUUGUGCUAUUAUUCUUGUAUCCCUCAUACUUCUAACCAUAUUUAGAGAAAGCUCAUCUAUGAUUCAAAACAAUCAUCAUGAUCACAACAUCAUAGGGAGCAACCAUUUCAUGUCAAAUAAACCAUAUUGUGAUGAAAUGUAUGUGGUUGGUGAAGGUGAGACACUUAACACAAUUUGUGAUAAGUGUAAUGAUCCUUUUAUUGUUGAGAAUAAUCCUCAUAUACAUGAUCCUGAUGAUGUCUUCCCUGGCCUUGUUAUCAAGAUUACACCUAAUUCACAUCACCGUAACUAG